AACAACAAUAUUUACGGUCCUCCUGUUCGGAAAGUGGGUCACUGACUGUUGUUAUUGAACACAACUAAAAUAAAGUAGUAAUGCUAGCUUAUUAGGCCAUAAAAAGGUUGAUAUUCUUGCAGAAAUGAUCCACAGUUUGUUCCUUAUAAACAGUUCAGGAGAUAUAUUUCUGGAGAAGCAUUGGAAAAGUGUGAUAAGUAAAUCAAUAUGUGACUAUUUCUUUGAAGCUCAAACAAAGGCUGGUGUAUUUGAAAAUGUAUCCCCAGUCAUUGCAACACCCCAUCACUACCUUAUCAACAUAUACAGAUGUGAAAUAUUCUUUGUUGCUGUGACACAAUCAGAAGUUGCACCACUAUUUGUGAUUGAGUUUCUCCACAGAGUUGUGGAUACAAUUACAGACUACUUCUCGUCAUGCACAGAGUCAAUAAUAAAGGACCAAAUUGUGGUUGUUUAUGAGUUGCUGGAUGAGAUGCUUGAUAAUGGCUGUCCACUGGCCACUGAAAGUAAUAUUCUAAAAGAGUUGAUUAAGCCACCAAGUAUCAUGAAUCGUGUUGUCAACACUGUUACUGGAGGCACAAAUGUAAGCGGUCAUUUGCCAACGGGCUCGUUAUCUAACAUCCCUUGGAGGAGAACCGGUGUCAAAUAUACAAGCAAUGAGAUUUACUUUGACGUUAUUGAAGAAAUCGACUGUAUUAUUGACAAAAAUGGAUCAGCCGUAUUUGUAGAGAUUCAGGGGACGGUUGAAUGCCUGAGUCGUUUGACAGGAAUGCCAGAUCUAACCAUGUGUUUUGUAAAUCCAAGGCUUCUUGAUGACGUCAGUUUCCACCCGUGUAUUCGCUUGAAACGAUGGGAUAGUGAAAAGGUGCUGUCGUUUGUUCCACCUGAUGGGAACUUCUGCCUUCUUUCGUACCAUAUUACCAAUUCGUAUAGCAGUUUGGUGUAAAGCCUCUUUAAAAGA